AUGUUUCAUUCUUUCCUUUCUUCGAUCAUUCUUUCUUUUUUCUUUCUUUCUUCCUUUCUUUCUUACAUUCCUUCCUUUUUUAUGAUUCAUUCUUGCCUUUCUUCGAUCAUUAUUUUGUUCUUUUUCUUUCUUUAUUUCUUUGUUGCUUUACUCUUACAUUCCUUCUUUCUUUCAUGUUUCCUUCUUUCCUUUCUACGAUCAUUCUUUCUUUUUUUUCUUUCUUUCUUUCUUUCUUUACUUCUCUCUUUCUUUCUUUAUUUCUUAAUUCCUUCUUUCUUUCAUGUUUCAUUCUUUCCUUUCUACGAUCAUUCUAUCCUUUUUUCUUUCUUUCUUUCUUUCUUUAUUUCUUUACUUCUUAAUUUCUUCCUUCUUUUAUGUUUCAUUCUUUCCUUUCUUCGAUCAUUCUUUCUUUUUUCUUUCUUUCUUCAUUUAUUUACUUCUUACAUUCCUUCCUUCUGUUAUGAUUCAUUCUUUCCUUUCUUCGAUCAUUCUUUCUUUUUUUCUUUCUUUCUUUCUUUCUUUCUUACAUUCCUUCCUUCUUUUAUGAUUCAUUCUUUCCAUUCUUCGAUCAUUCUUUCUUUCUUUCUUUCUUUCUUUCUUUCUUUCUUUCUUUCUUUCUUUCUUACAUUCCUACCUUCUUUUAUGAUUCAUUCUUUCCUUUCUACGAUCAUUCUUUCUUUUUUCUUUCUUUCUUCAUUUAUUUACUUCUUACAUCCCUUCCUUCUUUCAUGUUUCAAUAUUUCCAUUCUUCGACCAUUCUUUCUUUCUUUUUCUUUUCUUUUUUUUAUUUCUUUCUUUUUCUUACAUGUUUUCCUUCCUUCAUUCUUGAGUCAUUCUUUUCUUUCUUUUUCUUUCAUUCUUUCUUUUUUUCUUUUCAUUUCUUUAUUUCUUUUCUUUCUUUUUUUUUCUUUCUUUCUUUCUUACUUUCUUUCUUUCUUUUUUGAUUCUUUCAUUCCUCCAUUCUUCGAUCAUUCUUUCUUUUUCUUCGAUCAUUUUUUCUUUUUUUCUUUCUUUCUUUCUUUCUUCUUUUCUUUCUUUCUUUCUUUCUUUCUUUCUUACAUCCCUUCCUUCUUUUAUGUUUCAUUCUUUCCUUUUUCUUCGAUCAUUCUUUCUUUUUUCUUUCUUUCUUUCUUUCUUUCUUUCUUACAUUCCUUCCUUCUUUUAUGA